CUUUCAUCGGUCGCCAAUUACCGACAGCCCAUUCACGAUAAGCCAUGCCAGAGCAAUACGAACUGUCUUCGCCGCCGUUCGACAGCAUAUCCUGCGUCAAAUUCUCCCCUUCGAACCCCGACCAUUUACUGGCGACAUCUUGGGACACGACGGUUCGCUUCUAUGAUACUGUCAAAAAUGAACAACGAUGCAAAUUUGAUCACAGGGCUGCUGUCCUUACAUGCUGUUUCGCAGACGCUGGCCAUGGGUAUAGCGGUGGUUUGGACACGUCGGUGAAGCAGCUGGAUCUUGAGAGCGAGAAAGCCUUAUCACUUGGGCAGCAUUCGAAUGCUGUCUCGAGCAUGAACUGGUCAAAGGAUACCAACAGCCUCAUUACUGGCUCAUGGGACCGCACACUACGCUUCUGGGAUCCGCGUGCCUCGACACCCCAGAGCGGCUCGUAUGACGUCCCCGAGCGUGUCUACCUGAUGGACCUGGUCAACAACACUCUCGUGGUGGCCAUGGCCAGCAGAUUAUUUCACAUUUACGACGUACGCAAGAUGUCCGAGCCCACACAGACACGGGAGAGCAGCCUCAAAUACAUGACGCGGGCACUGGCAUGUAUGAUCGAUGGACAAGGAUAUGCGACGGCGUCCGUCGAAGGACGCAUAGCCGUCGAGUAUUUCGACCCGAGCCCUGAGGUACAGGAGAAAAAGUACGCCUUCAAGUGCCAUCGUCAGACAAUCGACGAUGUGGAUCACGUUUGGCCCGUCAAUUCCCUUGCAUUCCAUCCCAUAUACAACACUUUCGCAUCCGCAGGCUCAGACGGCACCGUCUCGAUAUGGGAUCACAAGCUCAAGAAGCGCAUGCGCCAGUUCCCGAAAUAUCACUCGGCGAUCCCGUCGGUGGCAUUCAACUGCGACGGCUCGCGGCUCGCGGUGGCGGUCAGCUACAACUGGGACGAUGGGGAAGAGGGCGCCAAGACGGCGGAUAAGCGCAGUAUCUACAUUCGGCCUCUUGGGGACGAAGUUAAACCGAAAGGGUGGGCGGAGAGCUGAGCGGCUACUCUUGGUCCUUGUAAGAAUGUUUUCUUGUGGUGUAUUCUAGGACCUGCUCUGGCACGUCACAUAGUGCGUACGUUAUUUUUCUGAAAUGACCAUGUGACUGUGCGC